AUGACCUUCUACACCGUCCUUUUCAUAAUCGCAGUGCUUCUUCUGCUUGCUCGACUCCCAAUCAUCGGAUUCUACAUUCGUGCCGUCUACUAUGGACUGUGUCUGAUGAUUGGAGGAUUCGUCGGUGGCAUCGCGUCGAUUCCGUACGGAAAAUCAGCCAAUAAUCACUUCCGGAUGUUCAAAAUCUUCCAGUUCAUGACUUGGCCGAUGGGAAUCGAGUUCGAGUUGCGAAACGCCGAGAUCCUCAAUGACGAGAAGCCGUACAUCGUCAUCGCCAACCAUCAGAGUGCGCUGGACGUUCUCGGCAUGUCCUACGCUUGGCCAGUCAACUGCAUCGUGAUGCUCAAGUCAAGUCUCAGAUACUUCCCCGGCUUCAACCUGUGCGCCUACCUCUGCGAGUCUGUCUACAUCAAUCGCUUCAGCAAGGAAAAGGCUCACAAGACAGUCGAUAGCACCCUCCAUGAGAUUGUUUCUAAGAAAAGAAAAGUCUGGAUCUAUCCGGAGGGAACUCGCAACGCCAACAACGAACUUGCCACAUUCAAAAAGGGAGCCUUCAUUCUUGCCAAACAAGCCAAGAUCCCAAUCGUUCCAUGUGUCUUUUCCACACACAAGUUCUUUUACAACCAGGCCGAGAAAAAGCUCACAGGUGGCAAGUGCAUCAUCGACAUCCUUCCUGAAGUGGACUCGUCCAAAUUUGAGACCGUUGACGAGCUUUCUACCCACUGCCGUAACAUCAUGCAGCAGCAUCGCUACAAACUCGACGCGGAAGCUGCCAAUCUCAAUCUCUAA